CCGACAGUGUAAUUUUUGCACAAUGACGUUCCCUUAAGCCGGGUGCACACUGCGCUAUUUUUAAUAGUCCUUUGUAACUGUUGCUUGUCAGACUGUACGAGCACGAUCCCCACUGUAAGCCAUGUCACACUGUCUCAGUUGUCAUUAAUGUCAGACUGUACGACAGUCAAGACAUGAAAAACGGACGCAGGCAAGAAAACUCGUAUGGAGUAGGAGAAGCAACACCACAGGACUGUGCCUCAAAUCUUCGGACACCGCCAGAAUUUAAUCCGAGGAAAAAUUUGAACGCAAAGGCCAUUAAUCGGCUGACGGGGAACGCGUCAAACUAGUGAUCAAAGACUACUGAUUUUGGCCUAGGAUUAUAGGAAUCUUUUAGGAUCUCAAAAUUUCAGACAACCAAACCAUGGCCAAAAUUGCACAGUGUGAACCCGGCUUUAAUUGUUUCCACUGACCAACUUUACAGGGAAAAGGCUGAAAAAGGUGCACCAACUGUGGAAGACCUCCUACAUUGUUCCGGUGCCCAAGAAAGGUCAUCCCAGUACCUCAAAUAACUACAGACCUGUGGUGCUGACCUCACAUGUCAUGAAGACCUUUGAGAGACUGGUCCUGAGGCACCUGAACCUGAUCUUAAGUGACUCCCUUGAUCCACUGCAGUUUGCAUACCAGACCCAAAUCAGCGUGGAUGAGGCAAUCAUCUAUCUACUGCAUAGGGCUUACUCAUACCUAGAGAGGCCAGGAAGCACAUUGAGAAUCAUGUUUUACGAUUUUUUUUACUGCAUUUAACACCAUCCGGCCCCCGUUGCUUGCAGAAAAGCUCUGGAACAAACGGGUAGAGCACGAUAUGGUGGCUUGGAUCAUGGACUAUCUCACCAGAAGACCACAGUAGGUCUGACUGCAGGGCAGCCUGUCAGAUGUAGUGAUGUGCAACACCGGCGCACCUCAAGGAACUGUGCUUUCACCUUUUCUUUUCACCAUAUACACCUCUGACUUUAACUCUGACUACAACUCUGGAACAUGCCACCUCCAGAGAUUCUCUGAUGACUCCUCCAUCGUGGGCUGCAUCAGUGAAGAGAAGGAGGAGGAGUACAGAGGCGUAGUGGAGAGCUUCCUCAGAUGGUCUGUGGAUAACCAUCUUCAGCUCAACAUCAGCAAGACCAAAGAACUGAUAGUGGACUUCUGCCGAAACAGAAAGCCCCCAACACCUAUUACCAUCCAGGGGGAGAAAAUAGAGAUGGUGGACUCGUACCAGUUCCUGGGAGUGCACAUCAACAGCAAGCUGGACUGGUCGGAAAACACCAAAGUUCUCUACCGGAAGGGACAGAGCAGACUGUUUCUUCUAAGGAGGUUCAGGUCGUUUGAUGUGUGCAGCAAGCGAUUGCAGAUGUUCUAUCAGUCUGUAGUAGCCUGUGCCCUGUUCUUUGCUGUGACAUGCUGGGGAGGUGGAGUUAAGGCUUGGAAGGCUGACAAACUCAACAAGUUGGUGAAGAAGUCCAGCUCUGUUGUUGGUCACAAACUGGACAAUCUGUAGACUCUGGUGGAGAAGAAAAUGAGAAAUAAAUUCAGGUCCAUUUUGGGAAACCCCUUUCAUCCACUGUAUGCUGAGCUGCAGCAGAUGGAGAGCACCUUCAGCCACAGGCUCAUCCCCCAAAGUGUAAGACAGAACGCUUCAGAUGUUCCUUUGUGCCGACAGCCAUUGGACUGUACAACAACUAGCCACCCCCUCCUUUGACCUUACUUUUGACUACACUACAAAUACGCUAUUACAGUGUUGUAAUAUGGGUAUCAUACUGUAUUUUUUGCACUGCUCACACACCACAUCACUGCUUCAAAGCUACUGCUAUAUGUCUAUACUGGUUAUACUGUACAGCUGCAAUAUGUAUAUAGUUUUGUGUACACUGUACAUAUGCGAUAUAUACAUGAGCUAUUUGUAUAUUGGGACUGUACAUUGUUGCUUGAUGUAUAUACUGCUCAUAUGUAUGUGUGUGUGUGUGUGUGUGU